UUCAUCAUAUUCAAAAUAAUUUUUUCCCCCAGGUGCUACAAAGUACACAGAUAAAGACAAUGGAGGAAUGCUUGUGUGGUCUCCAUAUCAUAGUAUCCCAGAUGCCAAAUGCCCAGGAAGACUGAAAAAACCUAGGAUCUGAUGGCAUUGCUGCUUAAAUCCUGAAGCAGGGGAGGGAGUUACAAUGUAGACAUCUGCACAGGCUAUUCCUCAGUAUAUGAAGCUGUAAAGAAAUGCCUUCAAACUUCCAAGAGCCCACUAUCAUUACCAUUUUAAAGAGGAAAGGGGAAAGAACUGACUUCAGCAGCCAUCAAUCAGGUCAUCUUUGUGCUCUCCAUUUCUGGACGGAGACCUUCUGGAUCACUGACCAUGCACUUCUUGAAUCAUGGUGUGGCUUUAGACUUCAAUGUGAUGUAGCGGACCUGAUCCUUUGCGGCACAUCAGAUAUAGGAAACGUGCAGUGGAUGAAUAUAUUGCAAUUGCAAAGGAGAAACAUGGCUACAAUGUGGAACAGCAUAUUUUUCCCUACACUUGACAAAUGAAUAAAUGUGAGUGAAAGUCUUGAUAUGAGCCUACAGACCUGCUUUAGUAAUUAUAGCCACUCUCCUCAGCUCACUUUUUCCUAGAUUCUACAGCAGAUGUGGUAUGUAAGAACAUUUACUAUUCUGAGGCCCUGAUUUGAAAGCAAGAAAAGAACUCUGUUACCUGGGUACCCUGAUUAAAAGCCCCAAACUGAAUGUAUCUUCAGUUGAAGUCAUAGGCUUAAGACUUUAACCUGAUUUGUGUUGAACUCUCUCAAGUGUGAUGGAACAUAAGUCCAUUAAAACCAAAGGGGAAUGAUUUCUCUUCAAAGGCACUUGGCAUGUUGUUCUGGCAUAAACAUAACAUUGAGAAGUCCCUUGCUGAUCUCCCUAAUUUCACUCCCUUUCCGGAUGAGUGGACAGUGGAAGAUAAAGUCCUAUUUGAACAAGCCUUUAGUUUUCAUGGGAAGAGCUUUCACAGGAUUCAGCAAAUGCUUCCAGAUAAGACAAUUGCUAGCCUUGUGAAAUAUUACUAUUCCUGGAAAAAAACUCGAUCUAGGACAAGCUUAAUGGAUCGCCAGGCUCGUAAACUAGCCAAUAGACAUAAUCAGGGUGACAGUGAUGAUGACGUGGAAGAAACACACCCAGUGGAUGGAAACGAUAGUGAUUAUGAUCCCAAAAAAGAAGCCAAGAAAGAGGGUAAUACUGACCAGCCUGUCCAAACUAGCAAGAUUGGACUUGGGAGGAGAGAAUAUCAGAGUUUACAACACCGCCAUCAUUCUCAGCGUUCUAAGUGCCGUCCACCUAAGGGCAUGUAUUUAACCCAAGAAGAUGUGGUAGCUGUUUCCUGUAGCCCCAAUGCAGCCAACACCAUCCUGAGGCAACUGGACAUGGAGUUGAUCUCUUUAAAACGUCAGGUUCAGAAUGCUAAGCAAGUAAACAGUGCACUUAAACAGAAAAUGGAAGGUGGAAUUGAAGAAUUCAAACCUCCUGAGUCAAAUCAGAAAAUUAAUGCCCGUUGGACCACAGAGGAGCAGCUUCUAGCAGUGCAAGGUGUCCGCAAAUAUGGUAAAGAUUUUCAAGCUAUUGCAGAUGUAAUUGGCAACAAGACUGUUGGCCAAGUGAAGAACUUCUUUGUAAACUACAGGCGUCGGUUUAACUUAGAGGAGGUAUUGCAGGAGUGGGAAGCAGAACAAGGAACCCAGGCUUCUAAUGGUGAUGCUUCUACUUUAGGGGAGGAGACAAAAAGUGCUUCUAAUGUGCCAUCAGGGAAGAGCACUGAUGAAGAAGAGGAGGCACAGACCCCACAGGCUCCUCGGACUCUGGGUCCGUCACCUCCUGCCCCGUCAUCCACUCCAACACCAACAGCCCCCGUGGCCGCUCUGAACCAGCCGCCCCCACUUCUUCGUCCAACACUGCCUGCUGCCCCGGCUCUUCACCGGCAGCCUCCUCCACUCCAGCAGCAGGCUCGGUUCAUCCAGCCCCGGCCAACUUUAAACCAGCCCCCGCCACCUCUCAUUCGCCCUGCUAAUUCCAUGCCACCCCGUCUCAAUCCAAGACCAGUGUUGUCCGCGGUUGGUGGCCAACAGCCACCAUCACUUAUCGGAAUUCAGACAGAUUCACAGUCCUCACUGCACUAGAGUUAACUUGGACAGAGCUGCAGUAACUUCACCCCGUCAUUACACCAGUGCCCCUCUGACUGUUGGUGCAAAAGAGGGAAGAAGAAUCCUUCUAGACACUGCGUCUGCAGACUAGUUCUGUGGCCAGUGGGCUCUCAUAAGUGGAUGUCUAAGGAAUUUUUUAGUUCAUGCAACUAAAAUGUUAUACAACAGAAGGCCUACAGUUAGCCUCCUUUCUAGAAUAUACAUUCAGUGACAUGAUCUCGUUAAAGGAAAAGAGAUUAAGUAUUCUAUAUACUGAGGUUUUUUUGUUUUGUUUUUACUGUAUUUAUUUUAUUGAGAAUCUUUAUAUUCCUGCCUCUUCAUAGUCAAGGCUCUUAGUACAGGAAUAUUGACUUAGGAAUUGUGAAAACUCCUUAAGUUUCAUAAGUUAAGGAUGUUCGACUAUUUCUCUUUUUUCUUUAAUUUAAUUUUUAACAACAUUUUCCUAUGUUAGGAGUGCAAGAAUAGAUAACCUGCAUUUCAGAUUUUGAUGUAUGUUCAUUUAAUGCAUAUUUAAGAAAUGAUAGCUGCAUAUCCCUUUUUUCAAAGACUUGCUUUUUUUUCUAAAGGAAUUUAAAUAUAUUCCUUUAAAAGAAAGCAAUUUUAUCAAUUGCAAAGCAAUUAUAUGAAAUCACAAAGAAUGUACUGAACCUACUAACCCUUUAACAUACAGUUUAGGGUCCUAGUGCAAAGUCCUUGCUUAAAGGUCAUUGACUUGCCAUCUUUCAGUAGUAAGAGGAUGGGAAUAAUUAUUUUACAUACAAUGAGGACUUCAUUUGUUAAAGUACAGUGUCUUUAAGUUCCUUGAAAAUGGAGUUAAUGUUAAUUUUUUUUUUAAUGUUUCUAAAUGCUAUCUGCUUUUAACUAGUAGUUGCCUCCAUUUGGGGACUUUAGAAGAGAGUUAUAUUUUGUCAGUUAUGUGGAAAUAGUGGUUAUGGAAGCAUUUAUUUACAAUACCUUUUUUGUGUUUAGGUUCUGAACUUUAAAUUGCCCUCAUACUUAUUAAUAUGGUCUGCAUUUAAUAUAAAAGAUGUUUUCUUGAUCAAUCUCUAUUGUACUAUUUGGAUACAUUUGUGUAUUCUUUGCAGCUGACCUGUACUCAUGGGUUUGGUUUAGGGUUAAAUCAUCAUUAUUUCAUAAAAUAAAUUUAAGAAUUUGUUCUGUGUUAUCCAAAGAUAAAUCAGUAUAUUGUCACAACUGUGCUGUUAAAAUGCUGAGACCCUUUUUAUAAAGAAACAAAAAUAUCUCAAGUCUUCUCAAUUCAGCACAUAACCAUUAAGCACCUACAAAGAAUAUUUUACAAGUGAUGGUAUUUCAGCAGUGUGUUACUAAUAUUUUUGAUACAGUGAUUUCAUAUUGGAAUCAUGACCUGCCCGUGCAAAGGGACAGAUUGCUUAGAUUGCUGUACUAGUGGAACGAAAGAUAUAUGUUUGCACAUUCACAUUCUUGCAUUUAGAGCUAUUUCACAAAAUGGUCAACAUCAGAGGCCCUAGUUUAUAUUUUGAGAUGUCAUAGUCUCCAGAUAUUAGAAAAAUAGCCCCUACCUUUGGCUCUAAAGCGUUUAAGAGCUAUUGACUUACAUCCCUUAAUUGGUUUUCCUUUUGAAGUUCAGACCAUUUAUUUCUAUAAGGACCUUAAGUUCUAGCAUAAUCUAAAAACUUUUUUCAGAAUGUGUUCUUUCUCACUGGAUCAUCCUGAUUUAAAAUUCUUAAUAUUCAAGAAUUUAUACUUAUUUUUACUUUAAUAGCCAUGGAGACAGUUAUAUAUCUUAAAGGAAAAUAUCUAAAGCAUUUUUUAAAGUAUUUAGAUUGUCUUGCAUAUGUGCAUACUAUACAGUUUCUAUUGUCUUGUCUCUUGUCAGUAGACCUUCAGUAUACGGUGUGUGGGAUAUGUGAGUCAAGUUGGUCAGCACCAGCAUCUGUCCAGCUGUUGAGUAUGUUGUGGUUCAUUUAAAAUCCGUUCUAUCCCAACCAUGAGCAAAGGUGCUGUAUCUGAGGGCUGUGCUGUGAUUUUAUUUCCGUACACUAGAGCACACAGUAGAAAAUUCUUAGCUUCAUUAGUAAUAUGACACAUGUAUAUAGUGAGAUGUCUUUAUUGUGUGCUUUGCAUAUUUUGUAAAUAUUUUGCACGUCAUUAUUUUUCUUUUUUGUUUAAGCAGUGUUUGGCUUGGAAGAGUGAUAUGCUUGCUGCUUAAUCAAAGGAUUAAAGAGUUAAAGAUGUCUAUGUCUUCUAUUUUUAUAUAAUUUCAUGUUGUAUGAGAAAUUUAGGACCUCUUCACUGUGAAAUUCUAAAUACUGAUUUUUAUAAAAAAAGCAAAACUUAAAAAUCUUUUAAUGACCAUUUCAUUAAUUUCAGAUUUUAUCAAUUAAAAAAAAUCUACACCCAAGUAUUUUUUUCAUUACCUAACUAAAAAUAAAUCACGCUGUUGACACAUCUGUUACUAUUCAUGAAAAAAUAUUUUUUCUAUAUGAGUUAAUUCCACUGUAAUAUUAAUGGAGGUAAAGAUAGGGUACUAUUGAAACGUUUUCUGAAUAAUCUUACAAUAAAGUGAGUAAAAUAUAACAUAAAAUGAAAGAAUGUCAAA